UACAGCAGGAAAUUUUUAACAAUGUGCGAUCCAAGCUUGGGGGCUGUACCAUCGCCAGUCAGUGAACAGAGAUCCAGUUAUAAACCGAGAUUUUUGGACAAAGAUGAAAAGAUGCCUUCGGAUUCUUUGAAAGAACCUUCUACAAAAGCAAACUCUAAAUUAUGGAAAUAUACUCCACCUGCAGAGCCACCAUCGAUUCUUGAUCCUGAUGAUCCGUUGAUGAAGCGAUUCCAGGAUUCCCUCAAAGCUCACUUGUCUCGUAUUGAUAAUAAAUUGAAUGAAGAAAUUUUCGAUCUUGAAGCAGCAAUCAAAAAUGCGAAAGAUGUUCGAGAACAGGAAGGACUUAAGUUGUACAGUGCGCAGGAAGAAAUAGCUCGGCAGCAAUCAGCAAUCGAUAACUAUCAGGCUACGUUAGUAGAGGUGAUCCAGAUGCGCGAAGAAAAGGAAUCACAAAUAGAUUCAGUGAAAAAAGUGCAUAAGGAAGCGUACCAGAAAUUGCGAAAUGAGAAGGCAAAGGAGGAAGAGAUCAUUCGGGAACUGGAAAGUUUGUCUUCACUAGAACGCCAGUUCAACGAAUGGGAGAAUGAAAUAUCUAGUAAUCUGACGAUAUCAAAAAGAAUGUCUGAAAAAGAUGCAAUGGUUCAAAAAGAAUUAAUUCGCAAAAAGCAGCAAGAGGAUUAUAUUCUAUUUAAAAUAAUGUCAGAAGUGUGGAAGAUCGAAUCGGAAAUAAAAAUCUUAAAUGAGCAGGCUGAACUAAAAGAAAAAGAGAAGAGUACGCUCAGUCAAACUAUCGCCGAUGCCAAUGCUGAUCUUGAUGCAUUGCAACGAGAAUAUAAAAAUCUGUUCAACACAUGGAAUAGCAUUGUUUCUAAUAUCUCUCAAAGAAAUCAGAUUUACAGCGAUAUUUCUGAUGAGAGACAACAAAUACGAGAAUCGUUUCGAACAUUACAAUCUGGAAUAGACAAAUUGAAAAAAGAGGCCAACAAAGAAAUGGAGAAUAAUGAAAGGCUAACGUCUGUUCAAUCGAGAAUAGAAGAAGAGAUUCAGAUCAAUUCGAAAAUAAACGCCGUUGAAAAGGAGAAGAUCAUCCAUCUUGAAUCACAGUUUACAAAAAUAGCUAAACUGGUCGAGCAGAAUAACGCAGAAUUUAACGAAAUUCAAAGUGAUUACCGACAUUAUCGCAAUAUGGAAAAACUGAUGCAAAAAGAUAUUGAAAAACUAGCUAGCCAAAAAGUUCAAAUAGAGGAGCAAAUUUUGGCCAAGCUGGAAGAAAAGGUGGCACAUGACAAAGUUGCUCGGCACCUGAAUAAACUUUUACGAAAUUUAAAGUGUGUAACUCGGGAGCAGGAAUUGGCUGUAGUACAGGCUGAAAAUGAUUAUGGAAAAACAUUGCUGGACAUUGAAAAGUUACGUGGUGUGUUGGAAAACAACAAAUCAGAGUUGGAGGAACUUGUUAAUGUUAACACUGUGAAAGAAAAAGAAAUUGAUGUGACACAAUCAGAGAUAAAAAAAUACGACUCCAUUAUUACGAAAAAACAAAGAGAUAUUGAUAUUGUGAACAAACGAAUUGAAGAAGCUCUAGAAAAUACAGGGGGGGAAGAAAUCAGUCCGCUUGAUUUAAAGAUAAUAACGUUAGAAAAGAAUAUAGAGGAGACAGAGCAGAUGAAUCAAAAACUACAGUUACACUGGCUAAGGCAAGAAGGGUAUAUGGUAAACCUUACUCAGCAGAGGAACGUUCAGACACAAGAGAUGAGCUUAUUGGCUAAACAGAUAACAAUAAUGGAGCAAAAGAAUUUGAAACUCGAGACUGAGCUUGAACUGCAACGAAAAGAAGAGCUUAAUAUGGUCAGAGUUAUAAAUAACUAUCAACAGAGAUUAGUGCAUCUCAAUGCACGACUGGCAAUGCAAAAAGAUUACAAGGACUUUUUGGAAGACACGAAUUAUAUGACGAAGAAUGAGUGCUUGGUAUCACUGGAAGAGUCAGAAAUGAAUAUCAUUAGAUUAAAGAAUGAUAUACAGCAAUUGGAAGACGAAAAAAUGAGCGCCAAAGAACAGUUGAUCAUUUUACAGCGGGAGAGUUUAUCUUGGGAAAAAAAGGUACAAUUAGCGCAAGAGACCAACAAGAAUGUUAAAGACGAACGAGGCUGCUUCGGUGAUGUGGGAAUAAUGAAAAGUGAGAUCCAAAGAAUGCAAAUUAGACUUUCACACCUUAAAAAGGCUCAGGAAAAGUUGAUUCAAGAUAUGGAACAUUGCGUUUCUCGAAGAGAUGCAAUUGUUGACGGAGCAAUGGCAAAAGAGAAAAGAAAUCCUAAAGGCCAACACAAUCAGAGAGCCAUUUUUCAAAAACGCCUGGCCGAUCAAAGGCUGAAAAUCAAACAAUUAGCAAAAGAAACGAAACAGAUAGACAAUCAAAUUUCUGAAUUGGAAGAACUGCAGAAGACAAUGUUAGAACAGUUGAAUCAGGAACAAGAAAGGCUCAGGUUAAUCGAAGACUCUAUUCCAGACAUUGAAAAGAAGAUAACUGAAGCUGAAAUUAUAAAACAGCAUAAUUUGGAGAUUCUAAUACGGAAACAGCACAAAGUGAAAAUGUAUCAAGACGUCCACAACGGGCGGCACAAGAUGCUGCAUAAAUCUGAAUCACUCUUAGAUGCAGAACUGUUGAAACAGCGCAUGAUGAAUGCAGAUUUGAAAGAAAUAAUGGAACAAACGCAAAGUGAUUUUCCACUGUUGAAAAAUGUGACGCGAAAAAUAUUACUGACACUUCAAACACCGUAAAAACUAUUUUAUCCAAUACAUAAAUGCAUACUUGUAAAUGUGACCAAUAUUAUUAAACAUGUCUAAUUCUGAAAUAUUUGCAGUUUAAAUUAACACAAUUAUUACUAGGUUUGCUCGAUAAUUUGAAAAUCUAAAAUUAUCUGCAACACGAUAUUCCUAAGUAGUAGGAUGCCAAGGAGAAUCAUGAACAAUAACCAUAGAUUUUUCCAUUAAAAUAACAACUAAGUAAUUUAUUAUA